AGCAAAAGUAUCAGUUGAUUUUUAAACUUUGAAUAACUUAGCGUAUAACAAAAAUUGUUAAAUAUUUACUAAUAUUAUACAUGAUAUGUAAGACUUUCUUUAAAUAUAAUCAAAUAUGAAUACAUCUGUGGUCGGAUUAUUUUUAAUCAUUGUUGCAUCGACAACAGCAGCAAAUUUACCUCAAACCUUCAUUGUAUGCAAAAAAUCUGAUCCAAAUUGGAAUGAAUGCCUAGGAGACGCUGCAGUUGAUGCAGUUCGGAAAUUAGCAAAAGGUUUAAAAGAGUAUAAGGUUUUACCACUGGAUCCACUUAAAGUUAGUGGUAUUUCAAUCGGAGACGCAGGUGGAUCUGUUUCAGUUAAACAAGAUUAUAAAAAUGUUGAAGUUCACGGUCUAACUCGUGAUUUAGAAAAACGAAGUUUCAAAUUUGACUGGGACAAACUUAUACUUUCUAUUGAAACUUAUAAUCCACAAGUUGAUUUUGUAGGAAAGUACAAAGUUGAUGGGAAAGUUUUAUUAUUACCAAUAAGAGGUUCCGGUAAUUCCAACAUUACUAUGUUGAAUCUCAUUACCAAAUGUAAUUUACAAUUCGAAAAAUACAUGAAAAAUGGAGAUGAGUAUGUAAAAAUAAAAACUUUUAAAGUCAAGUUCAUACCAGAAAAAGUUCAUUUAAUUUUUAAAAAUCUUUUCGACGGAGAUCCAGUUUUAGGUCCACCAAUGGAAAAAUUCCUUGAUGAAAAUUCAGAUAUACUAUUUAAAGAACUUCAAGCACCAUAUGAAACUAGUUUUGGUUUAGUUUUCAAACAAAUAGGAAAUGAAUUAUUUAGUCGAAUACCAUUCAAAACUAUAUUUCCAGAUUGAAUGUUUUUAAAGCUGUAAAGCUGUUAAUAAUUAGUCAAAGAUUUUUUUUUAUAUGUAAAAUAAUGCAUACAACGAGAGUAUAAUGAACAAAUCACGUGAGAAAAUAAAAUAAUCAUACAUUUUA